AAACUUUUAAAUACAUCUUUAUGGACUACAAUCAAGUGAAAGAUCAAUUUAUGAGUGACAAUGCGGGUGAAGCCGUUAAGACAAUAAACAAUCUAUCGUUUAUAGCUAUAAACAGUUUCAUUCUCUAUUCAAUUCUAAUUAAACGCUUUAAACUGCCUAUUAUUACGUCUUCACUCGUACUCUUCACCGGAAUAUUCCUAGCAACAACUUUACUAAAUAACUGGAUUACGACUUUGAACGUUAUACUAUUAGCAACAACUUCUAUUAUUACACUCAUCUUUCCAGUAAAAUUGCCUCAGAAGUCUUCAAAGUCAAGCUCACAUAGACACACAAACUCAGUAACAACUGGUGACUUCGACAAUGGCACAUCUUGGAAAUCUCAACCUCCAUCACCACUACCACAACACUCGCAAGACAAUAUACAACUGUCGUUGAAGUCAUACAUAACCAACUACAGAAGUUACUUGUUAUACCUCACUUUAUUGUCUAUACUCGCCGUAGACUUCCCAAUAUUCCCUAGAAAGCUAGCCAAAACAGAAUCAUUCGGUACUAGUUUCAUGGAUUUAGGCGUUGGCUCAUUUACCUUCGCUUUGGGUGUCGUUGAUGCAAAAUACCACAUCUUGAAAUCAUAUAACAUGCGCAAAGUAUUACCAUUGAUUGCUUUGGCUAUUAUAAGACUCAUUGCUGUCAGUCUGAGCGACUAUCCACAACACUCCAGCGAAUACGGCACCCACUGGAACUUUUUCUGCACGUUGGCCAUGUUACCAUUACUCACGAAGCCUCUAACAAUAAUUAAUCAACAUACUGACAUUCAAUUCUCGUGGAUGGCUGUCCUAAUUGGAGGUUCGUUUCAGGUCUUGCUUUCUUGUACUUCAUUGCAAGAGUGGACACUACACGCACCUAGGGAUGACGUAUUGUCACAUAACAAGGAAGGUAUCGUCAGUAUGAUUGGAUACCUUUGCAUAUACCUCUUUGGAUUAGACAUCGGAUUAUAUUCACUACCACAGGAUCCUUACGCGUACUUCCGUAAGCGUUUGACGAAGAAGGUUGCCAAAGAUAAGCGUGAUAAGCUGCUAAUUAUCUUGGCAUCAUUCUCUAUACUUUAUUGGUCAUUAUAUGGAGGUGCGAGAUUCUUCAAUAUGGAAGUUUCCCGUCGGAUGGCUAAUUUACCAUACAUACUCUGGACUGUCGCUUUCAAUACAUCCUUCUUGACGUUAUUCUUAUUGAUCGAUCUCGUCAAUUUCAAGACACCAUCCAGACAAGCGGUAGCCGUCCCAGGAAUCCUCCAAGCGAUUAACAAUAAUGGAUUAGCGUUAUUUUUAAUAGCUAAUGUCUUUACUGGAAUAAUAAACCUAUCAAUAGAAACGAUCUAUAGUAGCACUAUUACUUCAACAAUGAUACUCGCAGUCUACCUGUCAACAUUGCUCUACGUGGCUUGGGUAAGUCGCUCUAGUAGAUUACUUAGACUGUAAAUUUAUACCAAUGUAAACUAAAUUUAAUCGCUUUUUUGCAUUUUCGUAUAAAAUAUCUAAUAAACCCUUCACAUUCUUUCAUUCUUGACCAUGUUUAGUUACUUUUUAAGCAACAACAACAACACAAAGCAGGAGGAGGAGAAACCACUAAAGACAUUACUCGAUAACCCACCAGCUGCAGCUAAGAAGCAAAUUCUUCCAUUCAGAUUACCUAGUCUUGAUAAAUUGAAAGAUAAGCAUGUCAUACUAGCUAGUGCAUCACCCAGACGCUUGGAUAUACUAGCACAAGUUGGUAUACACCCACGAGUUAUACCUUCAACAUUUGAAGAAACUCUCAGUAAAGAUGACUACCUUCACAAUCCACACGCAUAUCCAAUAAAUACCGCGACUGAGAAGGGUAAAGAAGUCUACGAGAGAUUAGUUUUAGAAGAUGAUAAGAACUCACCAGAUCUCGUCAUUUCAGCUGACACUGUAGUACUCGUACCAGAUGACGCACCAUCUCUCUCAAAAGGACAGAGCUAUGAUGAGGUAAUCAACCAACCAUUAACCUACUCCAUCUGCGAGAAACCUAAAGAUGCCGACGAUCAAUACAGAAUGCUUGCAGAUGCGAGUGGAAGAGAAUUACAAGUUGUUACAGGUGUCUGUAUAACAUAUCCAAUUUUACAAUCACCAGGAUACGCACAAAAGACAUUCGCUAAUAUGACAAAAGUACACUUCUUUGAUAAUGACCACGACGUGAUUGAGAAGUACAUUGAAACUGGUGAAGGCAUCGACAGGGCAGGCGGUUUCGCUUUGCAAGGUUUAGGAAGCUUACUCAUACAAGGUAUUGAGGGUGACUACAACAAUGUCGUUGGUUUCCCUCUCUCUGAGUUUAUCAGAUUCUUAGACACACUCAUUGAAAACGAUGAUGGUGUUCUAGACUUAUAAAUAAGCAGAAACUUAUAUAAUGCAUCAAUUAACUAAAAAACCAUAAAGAGAAAAAAAUUGUACUUGUAAUUGAUUGAAUGUAACUAAAU